UCAUCAGUAUUAACAUUUCAUCGAUAAGAUAUUUUUAAUAUGAAACAGAAUGAAAUUUAAAUGUAAGCGCCAAAGAAAUGUGAUUUAUCUUUUAGAGUAGGCCCCGUACAACUUGGUACAUUUAUUAUUUUCAAUGCCUCUUGGUUUCACCCGCACUUCUACGCGAAAAGAGCGCGAAGACAAACUGCUUUUACGACUGGGCAAACUGAAGCACACGUACUACCUGUGUGUUUUUAAUCAACCCUUCAAUGUGCAUUUCUCUAUCACUCAUCGUUAUAACGCUCUCACCGAUAUGGACAAACAAAAGCUUUUAAGAAAGUUUCUAUUGAAAUUAAUGAAAGGCUGCUUCGAAGAAUUGUGGGUGGUGAUCAUCGAUGAUGCGGAAUAUGUCGAUCGGGAGUCUUUGGAAAUCUUCGAUGUUCUUACAAAGAGAGACAAGAUAUUCUUUGCACUGACUAUUGGUCGGAAAUUAAACACAGAUUUUUCGUUAUAUUUAAAUUUUUUACACAGAGCGAAGGUAAUUGAAUUGAUUGGGAUAGACAAGUGGUACCAUGCUGGCGUAGCAUGUCAGAUACUUAACGUAAAUGGUUUACAUGCAGAGCUGGAAAAACUGAUACAAGAAAGAAGCUUCGGGAAUCCUGGCUGGAUCGAGAGUUACUUAGUGAGUCUUCUCCAAGUCGGUGAUUUAGAGAUAGUAAAUAUAACGAAAAGGGAAGCAAAUAUAAAGGGCUAUGUGUUACCUCCUGUAUCUAUGUUGGAAAGGUUUACUCGAAAACAUAUACUUAUGCAAAUAUUAUGAAUAAGUACUAAUCCCGCGGAAUUUAAAAUCAGAUUUAUUUCAACCGUAAUGGAAAGAGGCGGAUCUAGUCCUGAUUAUCGAAAAGACAAAUGGCAGAUGUACAGAGCGAGCUUCAAAGUACGUUCUUACCAAUCUUUUACAUGAGAUGAUAACAAUAUUUUAUUUCAGGACAGCA